AUGACACUAACAGAAUGUGCUCUUGAACCUUCUACAGAUGGCAGUCACAAACUGUUUCCCUGUGAAGUCUGUGGAAGAAGCUUUGCAGCAGAUGUUCUGGGAAGGCAUGCACCGAUAUGUAGAAAACUCUUCAAUAAAAAACGUAAGCCUUUCAAUUCCUUGAAGCAAAGAUUACAGGGCACGGACAUUCCUACUGUGAAGAAGGUUCCUCAAUCCAAGCUCCAACCUGUGAAGAAAUCUAACUGGAGACAACAACACGAAGACUUUAUCAAUGCAAUUCGGUCAGCAAAGCAGUGUAUGAUAGCCAUUAAGGAGGGUCGGCCUCUCCCACCUCCGCCACCUCCCGCUAUCAACCCAGAUUAUAUUCAAUGCCCAUACUGCAUGAGAAGAUUUAAUGAAACUGCAGCCACACGUCAUAUUAAUUUCUGCAAGGAUCAAUCUUCUCACCGAGUCUUCAAUCCAGCCCAGACAGCAGCCAAGUUGGCAGCAAAAGCCCAGGGUCGGGCACAGGUGAGUCCCCAAAAGGAGCCGACUAUAACAAGUGCAGUGGGAGCAUUGCUACAGAACAGAGCCUCGGGGACCACCAAUGUGGGCCCACAGCAGGCAGGAUUAGCAACAGACCCUGCUGUGGGAGGAAAACUCAGACAAGGAUUCACUAAGUCUUCUAAAAAAGAUUAA